UGGGGCUCCACGCAGGAACCCUCGCCCAGCCCUUUUCCAGGCCACCCCGGCGGUCCCCACCCCAGGCCCAUGGAGAGACAGGCCCCGGGGCAGGUGCAGGCUCCGUAUCCUGAGCACUGGGAUCCCUGGGACAGUCUCCGAGUGCUCCACCCUUGCCCUGCUCACCUGAGUUCCCCAGGCUCCAGGAUGCAGUAGAGGCCUGGUUUCUGGCUGCAAUGCCCUCGCCCGCUCGGUGCAUGACUUGUUGAAACCCUCAGCAAUGUCACCAUCUCUAAGUUCCUUCCUUCUCCUGGCCCUGGGCCUGCGACUGGCUGGAUCCCUCAGCUCCAGCGACCCCAAUGUCUGCAGCUUCUGGGAAAGCUUCACGACCACCAUCAAGGAGUCCCACUCCCGACCCUUUAGCCUGCUUCCCUCGGAGCCCUGCGACCGGCCCUGGGAGGACCCCCACAUCUGUCCCCGGCCCUCGGUCAUCUACCGGACUGUGUACCACCAGGUGGUAAAGACGUUCCACCGCCAGCGACUGCAGUGCUGCCAGGGUUUCUAUGAAAGCAGCAGUGGCGCUUGUGUCCCACUGUGUGCCCAGGAGUGUGUCCAUGGCCGCUGUGUGGCGCCCAAUCAGUGCCAGUGUGUCGAAGGCUGGCGGGGUGACGACUGCUCCAGUGCGUGUGACCCAGGAGUGUGGGGGCCGAAGUGUAACAAGUCCUGCAACUGUGGCAACAGCAGUUCCUGUGAUCCCAAGAGUGGGGUGUGUUCCUGCCCCACUGGCCUGCAGCCCCCCAACUGUCUUCAGCCUUGCCGUCCUGGCCACUAUGGUCCUGCCUGCCAGCUCAGUUGCCAGUGCCAUGGGGCACCCUGCAACCCCCAGACUGGAGCCUGCCUCUGCCCGCCAGGGAAAACUGGGCCCAACUGUGAGAUGCCCUGUCACCAGGGCACUGCUGGCUUCUCCUGCCCCAGCACCUGUCCUUGCCACAAUGGGGGUGUCUGCCAGGACUCCCAGAGCCCCUGCAUCUGCCCAUCUGGCUGGAUGGGCACCAUUUGUUCGCUGCCCUGCCGGGAGGGCUUCUACGGUCGCAACUGCUCCCUGGAAUGUCGUUGCCACAAUGGCGGCCUCUGCGACCGAUUCACUGGGCAGUGUCAUUGCGCUCCGGGUUACACCGGGGAUAGGUGCCAAGAGGAGUGCCCCGUGGACCGCUUCGGGCAGGACUGUGCCGAGACGUGCGACUGCGCCCCUGGCGCCCGCUGCUUCCCGGCCAACGGCGCUUGUCUGUGCGAACACGGCUUCACCGGGGACCGCUGCACGGAACGCCUCUGUCCCGACGGCCUUUACGGCUUCAACUGCCAGACACCCUGCACCUGCGAUCCGGAGCACAGCAUCAGCUGCCACCCGAUGAACGGGGAGUGCUCGUGCCUGCCGGGCUGGGCCGGCCUUCACUGCAACGAGAGCUGCCCGCAGGACACGCACGGACCCGGCUGCCAGGAGCACUGCCUCUGCCUGCACGGUGGCGUCUGCCAGGCAGACAGCGGCCUUUGCCGGUGCGCGCCUGGCUACACGGGCCAGCACUGCGCUAGCCUCUGUCCGCCCGACACUUUUGGGGUCAACUGCUCCGCACGCUGCUCCUGCGAAAAUGCCAUCGCCUGCUCACCCAUCGACGGCACGUGCGUCUGCAAGGAAGGUUGGCAGCGUGGUAACUGCUCUGUGCCCUGCCCACCUGGAACCUGGGGCUUCGGUUGCAAUGCCAGCUGCCAGUGUGCCCAUGGAGCAGCCUGCAGCCCCCAAACUGGAACCUGUACCUGCUCCCCUGGAUGGCAGGGGGUGCACUGCCAGCUGCCCUGCCCGAAGGGGCAAUUUGGCAAAGGCUGUGCCAGUCACUGUGACUGUGACCAUGCUGAUGGCUGCGAUCCUGUAGAUGGACACUGCCAGUGCCAGGGUGGCUGGACAGGUGUCCGCUGCAACCUGCCCUGCCCUGAGGGCUUCUGGGGAGCCAACUGCAGCAACACCUGCACCUGCAAGAACGGGGGCACCUGCAUCCCUGCAAACGGCAACUGUGUGUGUGUACCCGGGUUCCGAGGCCCCUCCUGCCAGAGACCCUGUCAGCCUGGUCGCUAUGGCAAACGCUGUCUGCCCUGCAAGUGUGCUAACCACUCGUCUUGCCACCCCUCGGACGGAACCUGCUACUGUCUGGCCGGCUGGACAGGUCCUGACUGCUCCCAGCCAUGCCCCACAGGAUAUUGGGGAGCCAACUGUGCUCAGCCCUGCCAGUGUCGCCAUGGUGGGACCUGCCACCCCCAGGACGGGAGUUGUGUCUGCCCUCCAGGCUGGACUGGACACCUGUGCUUGGAAGGCUGCCCUCCAGGGAUGUUCGGUACCAACUGCUCCCACCCGUGCCAGUGUGGAAUUGGAGAGAAGUGCCACCCAGAGACUGGGGCCUGUGUGUGUCCCCCAGGGCACAGUGGUGCCCCCUGCAGAAUCGGAAGCCAAGAGCCCUUCACCAUGAUGCCAACUCCUCCAGUGGUCUAUAGCUCGCUGGGGGCGGUGAUUGGCAUCGCAGUGCUGGGGUCCCUGGUGGUAGCACUGGUGGCUCUGUUCAUUGGCUACCGCCAUUGGCAAAAAGGCAAGGAGCACCAACACCUGGCAGUGGCCUACAGCAGCGGGCGGCUGGAUGGCUCUGAGUAUGUCAUGCCAGAUGUCCCCCCGAGAUACAAUCACUACUACUCCAACCCCAGCUACCACACCCUGUCCCAGUGCACGCCUAACCCCCGGCCCCCUAACAAGAUUCCAGGCAGUCAGCUCUUGGCCAGCCUCCAGGCCCCUGAGCGGCCAGGUGGAACCCAUGGGCAUGAUAACCACGCCACCCUGCCUGCUGGCUGGAAGCACCGUCGGGAGCCCCCACCAGGGCCUCUGGACAGGGGCAGCAGCCGCCUGGACCGGAGCUACCGGUAUAGUUACAGCAACAGUAAUGGCCUAGGCCAGUUCUACAGUGAAGGGCCCAUCUCUGAGGAGGGGUUGGGGGCCAGUGUGGCUUCCCUGAGCAGUGAGAACCCCUAUGCCACCAUCCGGGACCUGCCCCGUGAGAGCAGCUAUGUGGAGAUGAAAGGCUCUCCUCCCAGGCAGCCUCCUCAGCUCCAGGACAGCCAGAGGCGGCGACACCUCCAGCCACAGAGAGAUAGUGGUACCUACGAGCAGCCCAGCCCCCCGACCCAUGACCGAGACUCUUUGGGCUCCCUGCCUCCAGGACUGCCCCCUGGCCACUAUGACUCACCCAAGAACAGCCACAUCCCUGGACACUAUGACUUGCCCCCAGUACGGCAUCCCCCAUCACCCCCACUUCGGCACCAGGACCGUUGAGGAGCCAAAGUGGUGUGUAGGAGAGAGAGGUCAGCACACCCGCCCUUUACUGCCCCAAGGCUGGGGACAGAGCCUGGUGCAUCGUGCCAGGAGCAGAGACUGAAUCAACAGGCCGUGGACAUGAACAUGUUUAAUGAAGGAAGUGAAUAGAGAGGAGAUGGAAGCCUAGCUCCCAGAUAUGGGAGACACCGAUCAGAAGGACGCCUGGGAUCCCUUUCCCCAAUCCACUUCUCCAAAGGCCCCCAGGUUCCUGUGUACAUAAACUGGUGGGAUGAAUGAUGUUGGAUGACUCUGAUUUCAGAUUGAUCUCACAAAUGUAUAUUGGGCAUCUUUUCUAUGCACUCCCCAGGCUGGGGUGUAUGUGUUUGUGUGUGUGUAUCUGUGUGUGGGGCUUCAGAGGAGUAUCAGGGACAGGUCCUGUCCUAGGGUACUCACCAUUUAGUAGGGAGGCGGCCCAAACCCAGUUAAUCCUAGCAACAGCCUCCUAACUGGCUUCCCUGCAUUCAUAUGAUGACACCUCUGAUCCGCUGUUGAAAAUACAAACCAGUGAGGUUACACCCUGCCUGAAAAUCUCCACUGGUGCCUCGUUACUUGUGGGCCAGAGUCAAAGCUUACCACAGCCUUGAAGGCCCUGUUGGUCUGGCUUUCUGCCUCUUCGCUUCAGUCUUGCCUCGAACUGUGCUCCCUGUCAGUCCAAUUCCAGUCCCCCCAGCCUCUAGGUCCUCUUACUCCCCACACUUCUUCCUACCACAGGUCCUUUGCACUUCUGGAAUGCUCUUCCUCCCCCAUUCACCUCUUGACUCCUACUUGUCCUUCCCAUCUCCUCCUCAGGGAAGCACUUUGCCCCCCAUACUAUCUUUAUAGCACUGAUCACACUGUAUUCACUCACCAGAUGCCCAGAGAAGGCCUACAGGGUGCUGGACGCCACUGUCUUAUGUCAUUUAUGUGAUUAUUUGAUUAAUCUCUGCCUCCCUCACUAGAUUGUAAAUUCCCCAAAGGCAGGACUUCUGUGUUUAUGUUUAACAUCUGUUCCACUUGGUGCAUAGUAGGCACUCAAUAAAUGUCCCCCAAAAGGCUGAGCAGCUGAGCGAAUUAAAAGUACCAGUGACACUGUCUGUGCUUAGAAGGGCAAAUUGU